AUGGCCGAGGCGGCCGUGACGGAGCCCCCGCUGGACACGGCCGAUGACGUCCCGAGGUCCAAGUCAUGCUCGGACAUGUCCGUGCAGGACUUCCUCGACUUUCUCCAUUCCUCCUACCAACUUCACCAAACGGUGGAGGCAGUGCGGGACGGAAGUAGGAGUGUCCAGCACAUCAACUGGAGGCAGCUGCUCGACACACCCACCGUCCAGGGUGUCCGAAGUGUCCCCUCAGGAGAGCAAAAUGACACCCAGCAAGUUAAUAAUUUGAGUGACCAAAGUGUAGCAAAGAGAAAGUUGCACCAAGUACUGCAGGAGGGGCUUUUGGACUCGGUGCUGCCGUACUUGGUGCCCAAAAACGCCGGUUCGUCGGCGGCAGGUGCCAAAAAGGUGGACGAAGCGUCAAAAAAGCCAACGAGCCCGAGCCAAGAGAAGCCCAACAGACGCGGAAGACACCAGGAAAAAGCGGCCAAAGCCAAACACAAGAUCAACAGCAACGCCGAAGUGGAAAUCCACGUUUGCGACGAGGUCAAGGGACUGAAAAAAACCUUCAAGUGCCCCCAAGCGCUGCUGGUCUCUGAAAUGGGGUAUUUCGCAGAGGUCACAGCAGGGCAAAAACUGGAUGAAAUGGACAUUUCCGUGCACUGCGACGUUGCAAAUUUUGAAUGGUUGAUGAGCUGGGUACGCAGAGAACCAAAUGAAAAGGAACUUUGGCCAAAAUUAGACUGCUCCAACGUGGUCGCUGUUCUCACUUCAGCCGCCUUUCUCCAGAUGGAAGAGUUGCUGGAGGAGUGCCUUAAGUUUUGCCACUCACGAGCAAACGAAUUGCUCGCUGGACCGGCAAAUUUGGCGUGCAUCAAUGACUCCAUCCUAUCGAGGUUGUCCGGUUUGUUCAGCAACCGUGAAGUGGAGCAGUUGCGAGACCGGAAGGACCGCCUUCAGGGUCGUCUCUUCUGCAAACUGAUCGCAGCCCUAGCCGAACCGGAAGCCGACCCCCGUCGGGGCCACUUUGGCUCGCUGGCCUUCAUGUUCGAGUGCGGCGAGUGUCGCCGACUGAUCCCUUCGCACGCCCUCGCGCACCAAAUUCCCUGCGCACCGUCCGCGACCCAAAUCGGCGCCCUCGGAGAACUCAGACAUCGACAUAACAGGUCCAGCGCAUGGAGUCUGUCCGACCAUGUGGCCGAGCUGAAGAUGCAGCUUCGCACGUGGCGAAGGGUGUACUGGCGCCUUUGGGGCGAAGCCCACUGGCUGACCUGCGGAAGGUGUCAGGGUCUGUUCUGCCUCAGCCAGACGGGCUGCUGCCGCCUCCACCCUGAGCCACCCCAAUUCGUCGGAGGACAACGAGCCUUCGGAAGGCACCCCUGCUGCGGACUCAGGGUGCUCAGAUUCGCCCCAGUCGAAACUCAAACCGGUUGCCAGUUGGAGGAGCACGUGCCGGUGCUGGAGAGUGACCAGGACAAGGCGACCUGGGCCCUUUUCCAGGAGUUCAGGUCGAUGGUCAGUCCGCCGCCCUCGCCGAACCGGAAUUUUGCGCCACUCAAGGUUCCGAACGCAGAGUUGAGGGCGACGGAGCAGGCCAACGGUGGUGAGGAGCAGCAGGACAAGCAGUCGACGAUGGCGUGUCUGAAGCUGGACGCUGCCAAGCCUGGACACGGAUUUCUGCCCACGUUUGUCUGGGAGUUGGGCCGCGGCCGCGAACGACAAGAAGAAGCAUCUCGCACCAUGAGAAACUGCGUGCCAGAAAUAAUUGACUCAAGCGAGAGCAGCAGCAGUGACGAUUCAGAGGACAGCGGCGAAGAAGGUGAAGAGGAGCGCAGUAUCAAAAGUAUCCAAUCCAAGAGCAGGAGCAGAAUUCUGAACGCCGUAAAUCAAAUUCCUGCUUUGCCCAUUGCCAGGGGGCCUUUUGGCCGACACUGGGACCCGAAUCUCUCGACCCGAAGUAAUCAAGACGACCAGCGAGAGUACGAGGAGAGGGCAGUGCGGCGACUUUCCACCUGGUUGCUGAGGCGGACUACAACAAAUCAAACUAAUCGCCAUUCCAACUCUCAUGUGCCCGUCGGAGGGACUUUUGUUGGGCUCGAAAGGGAAUGGCGCGACCAACACCUCAGGGGGGAAAGAGCUCAAGUUCACGGGCAUGCCAGAAACCGUCUCAGGUCGAAACACAACUGAUUUGCAGUGAAUAAAUUUUGGAAAUUUCAGAUCAAAGAUUUGUAAUAUGUAUUUGAUUUAAUUAUUAUUAUUCUCCUUAACAUGCAUCCGACAA